ACUUGCCGCUGGAUGACAUUCUCGCCCGCAAAAUUUACAACUGCCUCAAACUGCAAGCAAACAAAAAGUCUUUCAGGAGCCCAGAGGAGGAGCAGCUUCAGGCUGAUGAGGAAUACGCAAGGUUUUUGCAAGAACAAGAAGACCAGAAGAAUGCCGAGCAAGGCCAAGUGGCCACUGGACUUUCAAUACCGCAAGGCUCGACUCCAGGUUGGACCAAUCAGAGGCCGACUUGGAUGAGUAGUGGACUCGAAGCACAAACCAAGUGGGAGAGUGAACAUAGGCAGUAUCAUCAGACCCAUUCACAGCAUGUAGGCUCUGUGUCGUCCGUUCUUCAUGAACUACGAGGCACUAAAGGGAAGAAACUCAAGCCAACAAAGUUCCGUCCAGCGGUUCCUACAACUGACUUGAACUCGGUUUGGCACAACUCAAGCAAGGGAAAACAACCUGAGAACUUCCAGUCCAUUAUGAGGGAGGAAAGAGAGAGAGAAGAUCUCCUACAAGAAAAGAUGAGCAAGCUACAUGCAUCAGAAGGUGGCAUUGACCUUGCAACUAAGCUGAAGAGAAGACAACUGGGUGACAUGUACCCAAUGUUGAGUUCGGAGCUGCUGGAUGAAAUCUUCUUCCAAAACAACUGCUCUAAAGAAGACUCCAUCGAGGCGCUGACACUCACCUACGGCAUGACUCCAGUCCUUGUGCCCCGGGAACAGGAAGAGAGCCACGUGUACUCACAAAUGAGGAAUGAGGUUGUGCCAGAGGAGGAAGAAUGGGAACCCCGUUUCUCCGCUGUGGAGCCAACCGCUUCUCUCUCCUAUGACGAUUUGCGCUCCGAGGCUCACCUGUACCGCCGGCUGGCCAAGGAAUGCCAGGACAAAGCACUUCGCUACCAGUCGGACGGCAUGGCGGCUGCAGCUUUCUUCUACAGACAACAGGUUAAGAAGUACAAGGAUGAAGAGAUGGCAGCCAACCAGAGAGCUGCUCAUGUCCUCUUUGAGAAAAGACAUGAGAGAUUGGACCGUGAAAAUCUCCUCGACCUUCACUUUUACCAUCUAGAAGAAGCAAAGAUGGCGGUGGACAGAGCUAUUAUUAUGAAGGAGGAAGAGAGUGUGGCAAAUCCAGGCAAAAAGAAUUCUUCCCUGUAUGUGGUGACGGGUCGAGGCAGGAAUAGUAAAGGGGGCGUGGCUAAGCUGAAGCCAGGGAUCAUAGGUCAUCUGCGAGUCCGAGGCUUGAG